AUGCGGAUGGGCACGGCACCUGGUGUGCAUCGUGAAGCGGCAGCAGGCAACAGCAACGUGCCCAUUGUGCUACCACCCCGCAAGACCACCAUCGGCUAUGCAACCGGCAUGGCACCCCGAGCCUUCCUUGCAGCCUACAAGGUCUUCUGGGGCAACGCCGACGCAGGCGGGACCACUGCCACGUAUGCUGACGUGGAGGCAGCAGUCAACGCGGCUGUUGCUGACGGGGUUGACGUCAUCUCGCUCUCUCUGGGCGGCGCAGACCCCAGUGCCACGUAUUUCAGCGAUCUGCCGUAUUUAUACGCGAAUCUGGCCGGCACGGUGGUGGUUUAUGCAGCGGGGAACUCCGGUCCGCCUCCUCUCACCUCUUCAAUGUAUCGCAGCAUCUCCAACUUCUCGCCGUUUUACCUCACUGUUGGCGCCAGCACCAUUGCUCGCAGCUACGUCUCUUCAGCCACGCUGGGCGAUGGGCGGGUGGUGAAGCUGUACGGGUUUGGCUCGGGAAACGUGGGAGUGCAGAGGCUAGGGCUUGUGGAUGGGGUUGCAGUGAGAGCAGCAGGGAAGACUGAGACCGAGGGCCAGUACUGCUUUGCAGGUGCACUGAACGCCACCAAGAUCGCAGGGAAGAUCGUGCUGUGCUCUUAUGGAUGGACCAGCACAGGCAGCAAGGCAGCAGAGGUUGCUAGCAAGGGCGGAAAGGCAGUGAUUGUGGUGGAUGUGCCGGCAGCAGCGAGAUCAUACCCCAUUUAUGAGGCUCGGCUGCCUGUCAUGGGAGCAGAGGCGAGCGAGACGGGUGUUCUGCGCAUGUACACCCGCAUUAUGGUUAGCCCGACUGCUUCUUUCUCAUACUCAUUCAAGACAGACCUAACCAGCGAUCAAGCCCCUGAAGUCGCGUAUUUUUCGUCUGCUGGUCCACUCGUCAACCCCGCUACUGCAACCAAACUUUCUUUCCCCACCAACGACAUCUUAAAGCCCGAUAUAAUCGGUCCCGGCGUUUCUCUAUGGGCCGCUGCGCGGUCCUCGUCUCUCGCAUCAGCUUCCACCCCCGCGUAUGCCAUGCUUAGCGGAACUGUCCGGUUCACUGUCGCAACAGCGUCUCCUAAUUUCCAAUUCGGAAGCCUGACAUGGAAGGACCAGUUUGGCCACGCGGUGCGGUCGGUGCUGGCGGUGCAACCCCUUCAUAGGUAG